CACUUUUCGCUCGGGUUGGUUUGGAAAAACACUCAGGGCUUUUUGUCUCCGUUUUUCCACCCAGAAAAUGCCCCCAGAGUACCAGUGAAGUCCCCGUCCAAGUGUUAACGGGUGUCUGAGUGAGUGUGUGUGGUGAACCUCUGCGGGAAUUGUGCAGGAUGACGUCGGGCGAGGGCUUGGAGUGGCUGGAAGAGUUGCUGGCGGAAGUGCAGCUGGAGCAAUUCUUACAUCGCAUCACAGACGACUUGCAGAUAACACGGCUGGUGCACUUCAAUUAUGUGCACUCUGAGGACCUGGAGAAGAUCGGAUUGGCGCGUCCAGCCAUCCGGAGACUGAUGGAUGCCGUGAGAAAGCGCAGGAGUGUCGCCUGGCGACAGUCGUUGAUGGAGAAGAUCCUCCCAGGUGGGCGGAAGAAGGUCCCGCCCGUGAGGAGUCCCACCAAGGCGACCAGCACUUGUCUCAUCCACGAGCGCGAGAUUGUGCUGGCGGACAAGCUGGGCGACGGCUCCUUUGGCGUGGUUAGGAGAGGCGAAUGGCGUCCUGGCGGUGGUCCGGCCAUUCCCGUGGCCGUAAAGGUGCUGAAAGCUGACGUGUCGAUGCCGGGCGUCGUUGAGGACUUCUUCAAGGAGGUGCAGUCGAUGCACGUGUUAGAUCAUCCGAAUCUCAUUCAUCUGCACGGCGUCGUGCUGUCCAAGCCACUCAUGAUGAUAACUGAGCUGGCGGAUCGUGGUUCUCUGCUGGAUACGCUGCACACCAGGACGCUGCGUCAUCUGUCGCUCACGCACAUCUGGCGCUGGGCGGUGGAAGUGGCCACGGGCAUGUCGUACCUGGAGACUCGUCGGAUCCUCCAUCGAGACCUCGCCUGUCGCAAUGUAUUUCUUCAUGGGCCGGAGGAGCGCGUGAAGAUCGGGGAUUUCGGGCUAAUGCGCUCGCUGGCGCAGCAGGAGGAUUGCUACGUAAUGACGGAGCACCGAAGAGUGCCGUUCCCGUGGUGCGCUCCAGAAUCUCUGCGCUUGCGACAGUUCAGCCACGCCUCUGAUGCCUGGAUGUUCGGCGUGACGCUGUGGGAGAUGUUCACGGGUGGCGAGGAGCCCUGGCCCACGCUCACGGGCAUGCACGUGCUGAAGAAGAUCGAGGCUGGUGAGCGACUUGCCAUGCCCAAUCUCGCCUCGCCGGAAAUCUACCAGCUGAUGCUGCAGUGUUGGCACAAGGAUCCCCAGGAGAGGCUCUCCUUCAUCGACAUUCAGAAAUUCCUAAAGUCCGUGCGUCCGAUUCUCGUGCGCGCCACGGUGGAUUACAGCGAGAAUGAACAUUUCUCAACGCGAUGCGGCGAUAUGGUGGCCAUCAUCGAUGAUCGACCGCAGUUGAAUUGCGUCAAAGGUCAGAAUCAGCGUACAUUUGUGAUAGGGGCGCUUCCAAGGAAUGUUCUGGAGCCCGUGAAUGCGCAACACUUGGAGAGAUCUCUAAGCCCGGGACUCUUUAGUCUGCAUGAGGAUCCUUCGAGGGUUCUGCGGAGGCGCACUUUCAACUCGGCGGACUGCCGGAGAGCGGAAUCGUUGGUGGUGAAUAGGAAGUCGUGCCAGAACUUCGACAGGCAGGCCAAAAAGUCGGCUGGGGAGCACUCGAAGGAGCGCGGAUACAUCGCGGCCAGGCAAUUUUCGUACAACAAGCUGAAGAAUGAGAGCAAGAGUGGGUGGAAGAAGGGCCCGAAACCGGCGCGUCCGCCACAGCCGAGAAUGGAUGGCAAGGUGGCUGAGGGUGACUUGAUAGAUCUCUCCUCGCCGGACGGAGAUGCGCUGUGCGAGCUGAGGAGCGAGGGGAGGUCCUUCAGCGCCGACUGCAUCCUAGACAGACCCAUUGAGGUGGUGACAGAAGAAGAGGCUGUACAGGACGAGAACCUGCCGUCGCCUGUGUAUGAGAACUCAAGAGAAAUUGACCACUCGUCCUGGCAUUCCGUCAUGAUGGAGGCUUACGAGGCGGCGGUGAGAAGUCAGCAAGAGGAGUUCGAUCCAUUCGACACGUCUCACGUGAAUCCAGAUGAUUCCUGGGCGUGCAUCAGACAGUUGGAUAACGUCCGAAGCCAAACACCCACUUCUGAGGCGGGAUUCUUCACGCCACCCGAACGAGUGACGCCAGAGAUGCCAGAAUUGCCGGAAAUGGUGAAUAAUAUUGUCGAAUCUGUGCAGGAGCUCUCAAUUCAAUACUCAUCCAAUGCUGCGAAUAGUGUGAAUGUCUAUGACACAGUGGAGGAACUCUACUCAGCUCUUCCUGCGACGUAUGAGAAUGUGCAGGACGCCUGGAACUCGCCCAGAGUAUUCCCGGAGGAGCAGAAGCUGCGCCCUCAUCGACCAGCGCCCUCGAUUCCCUCCUCCUCGUCGUCCAGAUAAUGACAAUGCCAAUGUAAUCUGUGGAUGUUUUUAGGUUUUAUUUCAUGUGAAUAUCUGUGAGUCUCACGAGAACGCGACAGUAUUGAAAGUCUCUUGAAGAAAAGUGUGUAGCGAAUAAUAAAGGGAAGAUAUGAGAAUCUCGAA